AUGCACGGCCCCGCCAAGAUACUCGAGAAGCUCAGCCUCGAUGAUGCAUCCUCAACUCUGGCCAUGAUUCUCUCUCUUUCAGCGUGGCCGUCUCGAAGACUGCCAGUGCCUUUCUCUAUUGUUCUUUUGGGCGUGCUCAUCCCAACGAAAAUCCAAACACAGUCGCGGUUGAUUUCAGUUUUCUAG